CUAAAACAGCCAUGGCAGCUUCUACUUCUCUAACUCUAUCUCAAGCUGCCCUUUCUCGUUCCGCCGUCCCCCGCCAUGGCUCUUCCACCACAGCCACCCAACAAUCGACUUCCCUGACCACCCUCUCCAUACCCACUUUCUCUGGCCUCAAAUCCACCUCCACAUCAUCCUCGCGCGCUCCCACUCGCCGCCAUGUCUCUGCCACUCGCCGCCGUGUCAUUUCCAACGCUGCCGUGGAGACACUCGAGAAGACGGAUACCGCACUGGUGGAUAAGUCCGUGAACACUAUCAGAUUCUUGGCGAUUGAUUCUGUGGAGAAGGCUAAUUCGGGUCAUCCCGGUUUGCCCAUGGGUUGUGCACCCAUGGGUCAUAUAUUGUACGAUGAGGUGAUGAGGUACAACCCAAAGAACCCGUAUUGGUUCAACAGGGAUCGCUUUGUUCUCUCCGCUGGACAUGGAUGUAUGCUUCAGUAUGCUCUGCUCCACCUUGCUGGCUAUGACAGCGUCCAGGAAGAGGACUUGAAGCAGUUCCGUCAAUGGGGAAGCAGAACUCCAGGCCACCCUGAGAACUUCGAAACUCCUGGUGUUGAAGUCACCACCGGUCCUCUUGGUCAAGGUAUUGCUAAUGCUGUUGGUCUUGCCCUUGCUGAGAAGCAUUUGGCUGCUCGAUACAACAAGCCAGAUGCCGAGAUUGUUGACCACUACACAUACUGUAUUCUUGGGGAUGGUUGUCAAAUGGAAGGGAUUGCAAACGAAGCAUGUUCGCUUGCUGGCCAUUGGGGACUCGGAAAGCUGAUUGCUUUCUAUGAUGACAACCACAUCUCGAUUGAUGGUGACACCGAGAUCGCGUUCACUGAGAGUGUCGACACACGUUUCGAGGCGCUCGGGUGGCACAUCAUCUGGGUGAAGAACGGAAACACUGGUUAUGAUGAAAUCCGUGCUGCCAUUAAAGAAGCUAAAUCUGUUACGGAUAAACCCACUUUGAUCAAGGUGACAACAACAAUCGGUUUUGGAUCACCAAACAAGGCGAAUUCAUAUAGUGUCCAUGGAGCCGCUUUGGGUGCAAAAGAAGUAGAUGCAACCCGACAAAACCUCGGAUGGCCUUACGAGCCAUUCCAUGUACCCGAAGAUGUCAAGAAGCACUGGAGCCGCCAUACCCCCGAGGGUGCUGCUCUUGAAGCUGAAUGGAAUGUGAAAUUUGCAGAGUAUCAGAAGAAGUAUGCUGAAGAUGCUGCAGAAUUGAAGUCUAUUGCCGAUGGUGUGUUCCCUGCCGGAUGGGAGAAGGCUCUUCCGACAUACACACCGGAGAUUCCCGGGGAUGCCACAAGAAACCUCUCGCAAGCGUGUCUUAAUGCAUUGGCACCGGUUCUCCCCGGUCUCAUUGGUGGAAGUGCCGAUCUUGCUUCUUCGAACAUGACCCUGAUGAAGAUGUUCGGUGAUUUCCAGAAGAACACUCCGGAAGAACGCAAUGUGCGGUUUGGUGUUCGGGAACAUGGUAUGGGAGCAAUUUGUAACGGUAUCGCCCUCCACAGCCCCGGAUUCGUCCCAUACUGUGCUACAUUCUUUGUUUUCACCGAUUACAUGAGAGGUGCGAUGAGAAUCUCGGCUUUAUCAGAAGCCGGAGUCAUCUACGUGAUGACCCACGACUCCAUUGGUUUGGGAGAGGACGGUCCCACCCAUCAACCCAUUGAGCACUUAGCCAGUUUCCGAGCCAUGCCUAACAUCUUGAUGUUCCGCCCGGCCGACGGAAACGAAACCGCCGGAGCAUACAAAGUUGCAGUCGAAAGCCGGAAAAGACCGUCAAUCCUCGCUCUUUCUCGCCAAAAGCUGCCCAACCUGCCUGGAACUUCGAUCGAAGGAGUCGCGAAAGGUGGGUACACGAUAACCGACAAUUCAUCUGGAAACAAGCCCGACGUCAUCUUGAUCGGGACCGGUUCCGAGCUGGAAAUUGCGGCGAAAGCUGCCGAUGAACUCAGAAAGGAAGGGAAAUCCGUUCGGGUUGUGUCCUUUGUAUCAUGGGAACUUUUCGAAGAACAAUCCGAUGACUACAAAGAGAGUGUUCUUCCAUCGGCCGUAACUGCUCGUGUCAGCAUUGAAGCAGCAUCAACCUUCGGGUGGGGGAAAAUCGUCGGAAGCAAAGGGAAGGCCAUCGGGAUCGAUAAAUUCGGAGCCAGUGCACCAGCCGGAAAGAUCUACAAGGAGUACGGGAUAACCGCCGAAGCCGUGAUCGCAGCCGCGAAAGAAGUUUGUUAGACGGGUUCAAACUCGAACAGCAAAUUCUGGGCUUUGGAAACUUAUGAGAAAUGGUUGCUAUUAGUUUCCGCUAUCGUGAUUCAUAAUGCUCGGAUAACCAAUAAAAGAUCGAACCAUUUUAGUCUUUGAUGCAUUUCAUCGAACACCUUACCUGCAAAAGAUGAGAGAGAAGAUUAGAAUGCUCAUGAAUUUGUACCAAAAAUUAAAACAUAUUUCUCAAGUUUUGUGAUUUUUAUAUGUUUGAUUAUAUAUAUUAUUGAGGUGUUCUUUCGAGUAAUGUACAAUUUUACAACUUAUCAUAACAUCAUCGCUUUACA